AGCAACUCUGAACGUCAAGAUAGCGUAGCUUUUACGAACAUACGAAAGAAUGUGGUAAUUCUUCAAAAUGGUCGCUUUGUAUGGUUUGCCAACUUGCAUGUCUGUGUUUUAGAGUUCUUUGUUUUCAUAAUUCCUCAGCUGUAGGAAAAGUGCGUGCAAUAUUUGUCUGAUUUUGAAAACUUGUGUUAUGAUAAUAUUGUGAAUAAUAUACGUGGCGUACCAGAAAGAUGUCAUCGGUAAUGUGAGAGCUCUCGACUAUCGUUUUUAUUUUACGGGAUUAUGACGUCUAUGAUUCUCAUUUGGAUUUGCAGAUACUAAAAAAACGCCAGCUUCAUACAAGGCAUCUAGAUUGAAUACAAAGACUGUCAACAAAGUUAAUAGAAAGUAAUAAACAAACAAGACUGCUUUGUUUGAGUUUUGUGAACGGUUAUCAGCCUAAAGAUUAAACAGCCGUGGUAAUGAGAACUGUAUCCGGUGAUCCAUGGUGCGGGGUGGAGAUGUGAUGGGUGGGGUGGGGUGAGAGCCUCGGGGCUCGGGCGCCAUGAACCCGCCGGCGCCCGGCAAGACGGCCACGCGCUCCUCCGGGUAUCACCAGAAGGCGCUCGCCGAGAUUAGAAAUUCAUUAUUACCUUUCGCUAAUAUUGGAAGCUCAGAGCCACCUGGUUCAUCUGCGGCAAGCACAGUCAGUUCGGGUGUCAGUUCCGGUUUCAGUUCCUCUUCUGGCAAUGGACUGGACAAGGAACUCAAUGUACACCCACAAACACUCAGCCAGCUUAUUGCUUCUGGGUAUGAAGAGGAUCCAGCAGGCCGCCCCCUCAAAUAUUCCGGCGGCCGCAUUGACUCCGCCAUCGAUUACCUAUCGAAGCAGCAGGAGCCUCUCAAUGGAGUCCUCAAGGGCAAUAAUCUCAGCGCACUCGGCACCAAGCUCAUUCGCAAGCCGAGCUUGGAGCGCGAGAUCAGCCUGCACCGCGGGAGCCCCGCCAUGGACUCGGGCGCCGGCUCUUCGCGCUCGGGCAGCCCGCGGCAGAGCGACGCGCCUCCGCUGCCGCACGAGAAGCUGUCCCGGCAGUACUCGCCCUCCGGCUUCUCGGAGCCUCCGCCGCCGCCUCCUCCGCGCUGCCCCUCCACGCCGCCCGUGCCGCCCUCGGUGCAGCAGCUCAUGAAGCGCAUGUCCCCCGCACCGCCUCUCCCGCCCGCGCGCGGCACGAGCCCCGUCCAGCCGCGCCAGCCCAUGGUCGUGCAGAACGGUCCCCAGGCCCAGCAACAGCUCACGCAGCAAAUACAGGCGCUCAGUAUUUAUCAGACGGGUGCAGAACUGCCGCCCCCGUACCCGCUAGCCGGCGUGCCGCCGCCGCCCUCCUACUCUGUGUCGAUGCAGAACCGGCAGAGUCCCACGCAGUCGCAGGAUUACCGCAAGAGCCCCUCCUCCGGCAUCUACUCGGGCGGCACGUCCGCCGGCUCGCCGUCGCCCGUCACCGUGUCGCCGGCCGCGGGCGCCGGCGGCAUGACGCGGCCCACGCCUGUGCAGCCGUGGACGGCGCGCCACGCCGUGCAGCCGCCCAUCAUAAUGCAGUCCGUCAAGAGCACGCAGGUGCAGAAGCCCGUUCUGCAGACCGCCAUCGCGCCGGUGGCGCCGCCGACCGUCGCCCUGGCCGCGCCGCCGCCCCCGCCGCCCUCCUACGCCUCCUCCAUCCAGCAGAAGGCCUCGCAGACGCCGCCCAGCUACCCGCUAGCGCCCAAGCCGCCGUCGCCGGGCGCCGUGCCGACGACGGAGCCGCCGAGCUACGCCAUCACCAUGCAGGCGUUGGCGGCGCAGCGCGGCCUGCAGCCGCCGCCGCCGCCUCCUUACGGCGCGGCGGAGCCCGACUCGCCCUCCGCGCCCGCGGGCCAUGCGGCGCUAGUCAAGAAGUUCUCCGAUUGUGACGCAAAAGGCGAGCCGUCGCAGGCGGCGGAAGGCAAAUGUCCCAACCAGAAUUGUACCAAUAACUUGCUGAAGGAGGGCACUCACGCGUCGGGAUCCGAUAAGGGUUCGAACGGAUCGACGGAGAGACGUCCGGCGGCGCCCCCGAAGAAAAUUCGGCACCAGUCUCCUAUCCCGGAGCGGCGGAAUAUCAGCAAGGAAAAGGAAGACGAGCGCCGCGAUUGCAAGGUGCGGAACUACUCUCCGCAAGCUUUUAAGUUCUUCAUGGAGCAGCACGUCGAAAACAUCGUAAAGUCCUACAAACAGCGCCAGUUCCGUCGGCUGCAGCUCGAGAAGGAGAUGAACAAAAUCGGGCUCAGCGUCGAAGCGCAGUAUCAGAUGCGAAAGAUGCUUAGCCAGAAGGAGUCCAACUACAUCCGGCUGAAGCGAGCUAAAAUGGACAAGUCUAUGUUUACUAAGAUCAAGCCUAUAGGCGUGGGGGCGUUCGGCGAGGUAGCGCUAGUGCGGAAAAUAGAUACGAGCCACCUGUACGCGAUGAAGACGCUGCGAAAGGCGGACGUGCUAAAGCGAAAUCAGGUGGCGCACGUGAAAGCCGAACGGGAUAUCCUGGCCGAGGCCGACAACGAGUGGGUCGUGAAACUGUACUACAGCUUCCAGGACAAGGACAACUUGUACUUCGUGAUGGACUAUAUCCCGGGAGGGGACCUAAUGUCGCUGCUCAUCAAGCUGGGCAUCUUCGAGGAGCAGCUGGCGCGGUUUUAUAUCGCGGAGCUGACGUGCGCGGUGGAGAGCGUGCACCGCAUGGGCUUCAUCCACCGCGACAUCAAGCCGGACAACAUCCUCAUCGAUCGCGACGGCCACAUCAAGCUCACGGACUUCGGCCUCUGCACUGGCUUCCGCUGGACGCACAACUCCAAGUACUACCAGAGGAAUGAGCACGGGCGGCAAGACUCGAUGGACCCGGUGGACGGCGAGUGGAGCAACCUGAGCGAGUGCCGCUGCCACCAGCUGAAGCCGCUGGAGCGGCGGCGCAAGCGCGAGCACCAGCGCUGCCUGGCGCACUCGCUCGUGGGCACGCCCAACUACAUCGCGCCCGAGGUGCUGACGCGCGCCGGCUACACGCAGCUGUGCGACUGGUGGUCGGUGGGCGUCAUCCUCUACGAGAUGCUGGUCGGCUCGCCGCCCUUCCUCGCGGCCACGCCCGCUGAGACGCAGCUAAAGGUGAUAAACUGGGAGAGCACGCUGCACAUCCCGGAGGCGGCGAACCUGAGCCCCGAGAGCGCGGACCUGAUCCUGCAGCUGUGCUCGGGGCAGGACACGCGGCUCGGCAAGGACGCGUCCGAGGUGAAGAACCACCCCUUCCUGCAGUCCAUCGACUUCGAUAAGGGGCUGCGGCGGCAGGUGGCGCCCUACAUCCCGCGCAUCGAGUUCCCCACCGACACGUCCAACUUCGACCCGGUGGACCCCGACAAGCUGCGGCCCACUUCGUCGGCCGACUCCAGCAAGUCGGACAGCGAGCUGCUGGACAACGGCAAGACGUUCCACGGGUUCUUCGAGUUCACGUUCCGGCGCUUCUUCGACGACGGCGGGCCCUACACGAACCGCAUCAACCUGGACGACGACGCGCAGGGCCCCGUCUACGUCUGACCGUGCAGUGAUCACAGAGACGCUGAGACUAACUUGUACGAUAUUUUUACAAAAGUGUGUGCCUUUGACUCUCUCUAUUAAAACGAUAGUUUUUGUAACGUAAUGAAUGUAACGUAUUUAAAAUUUAAAACCGUAUUGUUAAUAAUCCCGGUGAUAAUGUUGUAAUAUUGUAUCGUUAUGUAUUUGUAAGAGUAAUCUAAUUUCUGUAUUAUAUGUAACGGACGGACGGCGGGGCGGGCCCGACUCGACUCGCGCCGUUCCAUUCGAUGUAUACUAUUUUUGUAACUAGAGCAAUUAUUUAUGAGAUAAGAACAAGCUUACUUGAAUUAGCGAAUGAUUUGACAUUGACAUAUUUUCUUAUGUAUUUAUGGAAGUAUAUAUUUAGGUCGCUUAAAGAUGAGUGUCUGUUUAUAUAAUUGUAAACUGCCACCCGGCAAAGUCAUACAUGUGGAACCGAGUCGAAUGUUAAUGCUGGUAUACAAGAAGUGCUUCCAGUCUAGCCUACGGGACAGCUCAUAUAAUGUGCCUUAAUAACUGAAUGUGAUUUUUACAUACAAGAUAUUUAGGUGUGCAUACUUUUGAUAGAAUUUCAUAACAAACUAAGCUGCAAAUUGAGUUCUGUGACCGCGUCGCUCGGAGAGUGCAAUACGUAUUUAUUACUGAAGCUGUGUGCUCGUACACGCACGGCAGGCGGCGCAAGUCGCGAUGCACUAUCGGUUUUCAGUCAAACUGUAAAACGUUCAAUGUAUAAGUAAGGAUUUCGUUUUCACUAACAAUAUCCCAAUUUUAACUAGUAGUCGCAAAUAAUAACAUAAAAAUAGAACAAAACGAGGUGUGAUUAGCAAUACAAUAAUAUAAUGCUUGUUUCGAGUCUAUGUAGACAUGUUCAUGUACAGUACGGUAUAAACCAGCAAGUCACGUCAACUUAAAUUAUGUGUUAUUGAAUGUAAAUUGUUUUAUUCUGAAAUGAAACAUGCUUAUAAGUAAAUGAAAAUAAAGUAUGGGAACUUU